UCCUCCCCCCCUCCACACCUCCUCACAAUGCCGAAAUUCGUGCCCAGGCAGCGAAAGCACAAAGUGCUUGCGCGCCAAAAAAGCACCCGCGGCCCCGAAACCCCGACCGCAAAUGACACCAACACCGCCGCGAUCCUGCCCGCCGACCAGCGGGACCGGGCAGAGCGGAAGAAGGAGCUGAGGGAGGAAUUGGCAAGGGAGGCGCAGGGCAAGAUGAGCGCGAAGAAGAAGAAGAGGUUGGAGAAGUAUAUUGAUAAGAAGCUUAAGAAGGAGGAGAAUCUCGAGUUGCUUAAGAAGCUGGCUGCGCAGAAGGUGGAUACGAGUUUGUUUGCGAGUUCGAAGCGGUUGGGUGCGGGGGGGGAGGAGACGAGGAGGGAGAGGUUGAGGAGGGCGCAGAGGGAGAGGUUGGCGGGGGUUGAUGUCGAGAGGAAUGAGGGGUUGUUGUUUGAGAGGAGGAGGGUGAGGGGUGCUGAGUUGGAUGUGGAUGGCGAGAGCGGUGAAGAGGAGGAAGAAGAGGAAGAGGUUCAGAAUGUGCCUGUGGGAAAAGUGGAGAAGACAUCACAGGCUCCAUCCGUCAAGACUCCGGAUUCGAUAUCACCACCCGCAGAACCUGCGAAACCUAACAUACAAGGGCUUGGAGAAAGGGGAAGUGGGUUGAAGAGGCCUUUAGAGCUGGAUGAGUCAGGAAGGCCGAUCAUCCAGGCGAGGAAGAGGCAAAAGAAGGCCAAGACGACGCCGGUGGUGGACGAGGUCGAAUGGGAAGGUUUCAGCUCCGAGGAAGAACAACCCUCCUCAGGGACCGAAGAGUCGGAGGAGGAUUCAGAAGACGAGGACGGCUCUGAAGACGACGGGAGUGGUUCUGAAAACCAAGAGGAGAGCUCUGAAGAGGAAGGCUCUGAAGCCGACGAGGACAAGGGAAUCGAUGCGAAGGUGAAGCGAAAAGAGCGUGCAUCUGCAUUCAAGGCGUGGGCGACACAACAAAGGAAUGAUGUCGUAGGAUUCACUCCUACCGUGAAUAUCGAAUAUACCCUACCUCCAAAACCGGCGAACUUCCAACCUCGGGCGCCCGAAGCGGAACCCUUGCCUCCUGAGCUCGAGACGAAUACUGCGACGGAUGCAACGAGAAAGGCAUUUAGCGUUGCAGUAAAGCGGUCGCCGGAGAUAGAGAAGACAAGAUUGCAACUCCCCAUUGUUGCCGAAGAGCAGAAGGUCAUGGAAGCGAUACAUAACCACGACAUAGUGAUCGUUUGGGGUGCCACCGGUAGCGGCAAAACCACGCAGGUUCCGCAAUUCCUGUACGAAGCAGGCUAUGGCGCACCGGACGGGCCGACCCCUGGAAUGAUAGGAGUCACGCAACCAAGACGAGUGGCCGCUGUGAGUAUGUCUAAACGUGUCAGCGACGAGCUGGGCGAUGCGGGAUCCAAGGUUGCCCAUCAGAUUCGUUUCGAUAAAACUGUCACACCGGACACCACUAUCAAAUUCAUGACGGAUGGUGUCCUCCUCCGCGAAGCAAGCGAAGACGUUGCGCUAUCAAAGUAUUCGGCUUUGAUUAUCGAUGAGGCACACGAACGGAGUGUCAACACCGAUGUCCUGAUUGGCAUGUUGUCCAAGACUGUGAAACUGCGGCGGGAUGAAAACCUGCAAAAUAGUCUGAAGGUGAAAUAUACGCCUCUGAAAGUGGUUAUCAUGUCGGCCACGUUAAGGAUAUCCGAUUUCAUCGACAACAAGCGUCUCUUCCCUGGCGGCCCUCCGCCGCUCGUAAAAGUAGAAGGACGCCAAUAUAACGUUACCACCCACUUUGCCAAACGGACCGAAAGGGAUUACGUUGAAGCGGCGUAUCGCAAAGUGUGCAUAGGUCAUCGAAAGUUGCCGCCUGGAGGUAUGCUCGUCUUCCUGACCGGUCAAAACGAGAUCACCCAGUUGGAGAAAAAGCUGAAACAGGCCUUCCCGGCUACUGAACGAGGGACGGUCAAGCAUGGGAAGGUUCUGGUUUCGGCGGCAGAGACUGCUUUGGAAAAUGAAGACAUCGAACUUGGUGGAGACACAGAUGACGAGGGCUGGAAUUCGGAAGAAGAUCAUAUCUGGGGCCUUGACGAGGAGGAGGAGGAAGAAGAAAAGGAGUUUGACAUCGGGGAGGCACCAGAAGCGACCACCAUGAAGGUGCAUGUGCUGCCUCUUUAUUCUCAGCUACGCGAAAAGGAACAGCUGAAGGUCUUUGAGCCGCCCCCAGAAGGAUCCCGCCUCAUCGUGUUAGCAACCAACGUCGCUGAGACGAGUUUAACGAUCCCCGGUAUCCGCUACGUCUUUGACUGUGGCCGCGCCAAGGAGAGGAAGUACGAUCUCACCACCGGUGUACAGAAGUUUGAAGUGGACUGGAUCAGUAAGGCUAGUGCCGACCAGAGAAAGGGACGUGCUGGCCGAACAGGGCAUGGACAUUGCUGGCGUCUGUAUUCGUCUGCCGUCUUCGAGAGGUAUUUUGAGGAAUACCCGCCGCCGGAGAUCCUGAAGGCGCCACUGGAGGGCGUUGUCCUUCAGUUGACGAGCCUGGGAAUACCAGUGGACCAGUUCCCAUUCCCAACAUCUCCGGAUCGCGACAGCCUUAAGCGCGCGGAAAAGGUGCUCUGGUAUCUCGGGGCCUUGUCUCCAGACAGAAAGCGUCCGGGUGGUACGGCCAUCACCAAAGUUGGUCGUGAGCUUUCCUUGUAUCCCCUGCACCCACGCUUUUCUCGUAUGCUAGUCAUGGGCGUUAGACACAGCUGGGCCGCCGCCGAGACGGUUGCCCUGGUCGCUGCUCUCUCCGUUCCGGAACUUAUGGUACCGGAGAAUAAGUUGAACCUGCAGGAACCACGGCAAGGCAGUCCAGAUGGUAUCCGCACGGACGCCGAGAACCUUGAAGCAGAACAGCGCUCGAAGCAUCGUAAAGCGUACAACGAGGCUCAAAGCAAGCUUGCGGAAAACGCAAAGCGAAGGGACGUCAUCAAGCUCUACAAUGCCGUCUGCACUUACGCCCACGCAUCCAACCCAAAGACCUUCUGCGAAACCAUGUUUCUUAAUUCCAAGGCAAUGCACGAAGCGAGCAAGCUCCGCGAACAGCUCACACACAUCGUCAGAGCACGCCAUCCCACCGCUAUCAGCAGCUAUGAAGCAAAACUCCCUCCGCCCUCGGACAGGCUCGUCAGUUUCUUUUCCCAAGUCUGCGCCGCUGGCUUCAUAGAUCAGGUCGCACUACGGGCGGACCUAUCCGCCAAUCCGCCGGAGCUUCGCCCCCGACCCAAGUCCGCAAUCAACGUCCCCUACGUUACUCUGUUCCCCUCGUCGCAAUUCCGGAGUCACGCCAAGAUGGCCGAUCCGUCCAGCCAAUACGUCUAUCUACAUCCUUCAUCAAUCCUCGCACGCACCCCCGUCGACAAAUUACCCGCCUACAUCAUCUACUCCCACCUCCAGCAGGCCGCGCCGUCUACCGUUACGAUCUCCGGGGCGCCUGUGCAAUCGGUUCCCAAGACCCGGGUGCACCCUUUGACCCCCAUCACCACACCCGAGCUCAUCCACGUUGCUCUUGGAACACCCUUGCUCAAGGCAUCGAAGCCGAAGGGGUUGCCGAAAGAGUCAGGGAAGGGUCAGAGGGUGUGCGUCGUCGAGCUUUCCUUGGUGGGUGAAGGGGGACGUCAGGGUUGGGGGUUGGGCGAUUGGAAUGUUAGGCAGAAGGAGAGGAAUCCUGGGGAAUGGGUGGUUGAGGAGAUUUUGGAGGCGGUACGGAGUGCGGUGAGUCGGAAGUAGGGAUUUGGGAGUUGGGGAUAUACCCUGAGGACUAUACAUUCAGGUGUACAUAUACGUGCUUGUAGCUCGGCUUGAGGACGGUUAUCAAGUCACUGAGACUAUCCUAUUGCCCUCGACUCAGUGAU